AUGGUGGACCAGCUAUGGUUAUGGAUCCUAGGCGAAGACACGAUAAUCACAUGCUGCCCCGUCCGAUGGAACUCUUGGGAGACCAAGCGGCAGAGACAGGCAGAGAUGCCUACUGCUGAGACCUCGAAGCCCGGAUUCUACAUCAAGUGGUUCAGCGGAAUGGUUCACAACCCUCACGCCUCGUUGGUGCGCCAGCGAGGCAUGGGCUAUCGCCCCAUGAUGAUCGGCGGUCACAGCUCAAAAGAGCCCAGGGCAUCUCAACCGAGUCGUAAUUGGGCGGACGGUACCUGGCCUGAGCUUAAGCUUGACGAUCCCUUGAAUGUGUCCCAAAUUGUCAACCGGCACCUUCUGAAGCAGAACAGGAGCGCUGUGGAGUCGGUCUUUGAGCUAGCUGGGCUCAUAACAACGUGUUGUGUUGACUUGUUUGAUCCGCAUCAAGUGAGCGAGGACUAUCUGUUUUUAGACUUUUUCGAAAACUCCAUCGGUCAAGCGAGCGAUAAAGUCGCGAACUACCUGAGAAACUUCAAGGGGUCGGUCAGCGAGUUCAAGGAGGGCGUUGUGACGGAGGAUAUCAUGGACAUCACUAGCGAGACGGAACUGAUGAUCGAACUCGAUGAUAUUCUCGAUGAAUUACACACAUUGAAGCUUGUGUUGACGGAUCAGAAGAGCGUCGUUCAGGACAUGAACAGAACACUUAGAGAAUCCGACCGGAAUGCCUCGGCGUCCGCACAUGUCAACACGAAAACCCUCGAAAGUCACCUGCAGAGGAUCGAGCAGAUGGAACAGGCGGCAUCAAAGGCAGAGAAGACGGCUAGUCUGACAGAGGCGUGGUAUGCGCGAGAGUCAGCUAGAGACACAGCUCGCCAGGGAAAGACGGUGGUUGUUUUUACUGUGGUCACGAUCAUUUUUUUGCCCGUGUCGUUCAUCGCAGCAAUCUUUGCCAUCGACAGCAAUGGGUUCCGGCGCGAUGAAGACGAUAAGAUACCUUUUGGCUACAUGCUCACAUAUAUACUGUCCAUCGGCCUGACGAUUUCUAUACCCCUCAUCGUCAUCGCCUUUAACGUAGACAGGAUAGCUAGAUGGUUCGGAAGUCUUCGUGGGAUGUUUGGGCGCUUUUGGCACAUCAGUAUCGUCAUUGCACUCGCAGCAGCAGUGCUCACGGCCGUAAUCGGCCCGGUGUGGACGUCAAAGUUGGCUGGAGGCAUCAAGGCCUCAGUCUCAAUCGUGCUCAUCAUGCUUCUGGUCGUGGCAGCCAUAGGCCUCACCAUGCACAAGCUCAUGACAUCGUUGAGCCGCAAAGUGUCUGUCACGACUUCGUCUGGUAGUAGUUGGGCUAGCUAA